AUGAUGGACUCGACUAACAACAUUGACGAGAAGAGAUCUGCAAAGCCAGUGGUUGAACUGCAGCAAAGCGAGCCAAGUCCGCCCAGCAUUAGAAAUGGUACCGUCGUCGACAAAGACGAAGUUUUCAAAGCCUCGGCGGACGGAGUUGACUUCCGGACUGUCACCUGGCAGCGACCGAUAAUCAUCCUGCUCAAAGUGCAAGUGGCGACUGGCGUUCUCGGCAUACCAAGCGCAAUGGGAACGCUGGGAGCGGUGCCUGGCUCGUUGGUGGUCGUCGGCUGGCAAGCCUUGAACACAUACACUACCUGCAUCCUCAUUGAUUUCCGCAAUCGGCGGCCAUACUGCCACACCAUCGUCGACAUGUAUGGCGUUAUGUGGGGACUAGUCGGACGUGAACUGGUUGGCAUCAUGUUCGUCGUUGCCUUUGUCCUCUGCACAGGAUCCGGCCUCUUGGGCACAUCGAUAGCUUUCAACGCCCUCUUCGCAGCCAUUAUCCUCGUCAUAAUGUUCUCGUCUAUCCGUACGUGGGACAGGAUGACAUGGCCGAUGACCCUCGGGGUUGCGUCGGUGCUUGGCGGCGUUCUUGCUGUCGUCGUCGGCGUGGCUCUUCGUGACCGCCCGGCAGCUGCUCCCGCUGAAGGUGCCUUUGAAUUGGGAUUUGAUGUCGUCGGAGCGCCGACCUUUGCAGCUGGCAUCACGGCAACAGCAACCAUAUCCAUUUCCUCCUCGGCAGGUCCCGUUUACCUUCCCAUCAUUGCCGAGAUGAGACGACCCCAGGACUAUCGCAAAGCUGUCAUUCCGGUUGGCUUCAUGGUUGGUGCCAUCUACCUCACCGUCUCGUUGGUCGUCUACCACUAUUGCGGACAAUGGAUCGCCACGCCUUCGUUGGGGAGUGCCGGGCCGCUGAUUAAGAAGGUUGCGUACGGCAUCCCACUGCCCAGCCUGGUAGUGAGCACGGGCAUCUUCAACCAUGCCGCGGCAAAGUAUGCUUUCGUUCGUGUACUUCGCGGAUCACCGCAUUCUCAGCAGAAUACCUGGCAGCACUUGGCAUGCUGGAUCGGACUGAAUGUAGUCUUUGGUGCGCUGGCAUUUGUUUUUGCAUCAGCAAUCCCAGUCUUCAGCUACAUGCUGUCUCUCGCUGGCUCCGUCUGCUUUGCUCCGAUGAGCCUGAUCUUUCCAGCGUUGAUGUGGUUCUACGAUUUUGGAGGGCAUGGCUGGAACGGCACCGUCAGAAGCAAAGCUAUGUGGCUGUUUCAUGCUCUGAUUGUCCUUGUUGGAGCCUUUCUGACAGUUGGUGGAGUUUACGGCACGGCGGAGUCGAUCCGUAAGACAUAUGAUGGCUCUUCUGGAGUAGGUGCAUUCAAUUGUGCAGAUAACUCAGGCACCAUAGUCUGA